AAUUUCUGCUUUAUAAAAGAAACUGCAUGUAAAUUUAGUUUCUAGUCGUCAUUCUUUAUGGCUAUCUAGCUUUAAUACCAAUUUAUUCAAAUAAAAUAUCAAAAGAAAUAUCUUUAAAUUUUAUAGGGAAGGAAUAAAGUUCAGUAGUCUGUGAUGAAAAACCACACAAUCACAACCUUCAUCCUGUUGGGACUGACCGAUAACCCUCAGCUUCAGAUUCCGAUUUUUAUGUUUCUGUUUCUCACUUACAUGUUGAGUAUAACUGGGAAUCUGACCAUCAUAUCCCUCACUUUAGUGGGCUCCCACCUUAAAACACCCAUGUACUAUUUCCUACAAAAUUUUGCCUUAUUAGAAAUUUCAUUUACAACUGCUUGUAUCCCUAGAUAUUUGUACAACAUAACAACAGGUGACAGGUCAAUUACAUACAAUAUUUGUGUUAUUCAAGUGUUUUUUACUGAUGUCUUUGGAGUAACCGAGUUUUUUCUCCUGGCCGCCAUGUCCUAUGACCGCUACGAGGCCAUCUGCAAACCCCUGCAUUACAUGAGCAUCAUGAACAGCAGAGUCUGCAGGAGGCUUGUCCUCUGCUGUUGGAUCUCUGGCUUGUUGAUCAUACUGCCACCACUGACUCUGUUCCUAGAUUUGAAAUUCUGUGACUCAAAUGUCAUUGAUUAUUUUUUCUGUGAUGCAUCUCCUAUUUUGAAGAUUUCAUGCUCAGACACUUGGCUAAUAGAGCAGCUGGUUAUUGUCUGUGCUGUGCUGACCUUCAUUCUGACCCUGGUGUGUGUUGUUCUGUCCUACCUUUACAUCCUCAAAACUAUCCUAAGAUUCCCCUCUGCCCAGCAAAGGAAAAGAGCUUUUUCUACCUGUUCUUCUCACAUGAUUGUGGUUUCUAUCACCUAUGGAAGCUGCAUUUUCAUCUACAUCAAGCCUUCAGCAAAGGAAUCCGUGGCUAUUAACAAGGCUGUGACAUUGCUCAUGACAUCCAUCGCCCCCAUGUUGAACCCUUUCAUCUACACUCUGAGAAACAGACAAGUGAGACGAGCCCUCAGUGAUUCCUUCAAAAAACUUGCACUAAUCGCCAAGAAGUAAGAGAAUGUUCUUCAGAAAUAAAACAUCAAGCCAAACGUAAGCCAUUAUGCACCAAAUCUGUCUCAAGCAUUUAUUGUACCCAGAAUGAACAUCCUCUACCACAUGAGUUCACCUCCUUAA